CCCACUUUCAACUAAAUAAACGAAAUCUUAUGCGAUAAUAGCCGUCAAAUAACACAAGAAACUUUCACUUUUUAUAAAGAACACCAUCGGUGUUCUUCAAAUUUCAAGUGCAUUCAAUAACGUGUGCGAGUGUCUUGUGGAAGGUUCUUAUUGAUUGAAAAUGAAGACUGACUUAAAGAUCCAAAUCUUAGCCGUUGCCGUAUUCCUCACAACUUUCAUCUGUUUAACAUCGGCGGGCGAAGGUUCCAAAAAGUACGAUACCACAACAAGACAACCAAUAACCGACGAAGCUCUAGAAAAAACCCUAAGCGAUAAAAGGUACCUUCAAAGGCUGUUGAAAUGCGCUGUAGGAGAAGCGCCUUGCGAUCCUGUAGGAAGACGACUUAAAAGUGUGGCACCAUUGGUACUUCGAGGAACCUGCCCUGACUGCACUGAAUCCGAAAAGAAGCAAAUCAAAAAAGUACUAGCUUACGUACAAAUCAAUUUCCCCAAGGAAUGGAAUAAGAUGUUGCAGACCUAUGCAUCUGGUUGAAAUAAUCAAUUAUUAGAGGUAGAAAUUAAGCAUAUUGCAGCAACAAUUAGGCCAUCCAAAAUAAAUAAGAAAGAAAUCUGAUUGUUUUUCGAAUAUUAGCAGAAAGCUAUCUAGUAUAGAGUGUGCAUUUGUUUCGUUUUGUUUUUAUCUGCAAUUUUUUGAAUUUAAUAAUUAUAGUUUGUUGUGAUAUUUAUAUUUGCAAACGUUAACACAAUACCUAUUUGUAUUUAUUUCCUAGUCUUAUUCCAAUAAUAAACUUAAUUAUUAAUUCUGUAA